AUGGCGGCUGUCACUUCUGCCGCUGCUCCCCCCAUGGCCAGUCAGAUGACCUCGGUGUCCAUGUCCAUUGAGCAUCAAGUGCAACAUCAUCAUCAACAACAUCAACAUCUCCAAUCUGAUAUGGACCUAUCAGCCCUACAGCAGGCAGCAUCAUCAUCAUCAUCAUCAUCAUCAUCAUCAUCAUCAUCAACAACCACAGCAGCCACCUUUGCUAAGCGGGAUUCUCCGAGUGCCGUCUCGACCCCUGCCUCUUCGGCCCCCUCUCCAGCCUCAAGCUGUGGUGUCUCCACUCCGGCAUCAUCGACUUCCAUCACCAACACCAACCUCACUGGCGUGCCUCCCAUUGCGCCCCGUCCCAGUGUCGCACCCAGACCUGCCCCCAUCAGAGCCGCCUCCGUAUCUAGCCAAGGAGGUGCCAUGUCACCCGUCGACUGCCCUACUCCUGGGGGAGGAGGUCCUUUGAGCAUGACCAGCAAGGAAUGGGUCAUCCCUCCCCGACCAAAGCCUGGACGUAAGCCUGCCACCGACACUCCCCCUACUAAGCGCAAGGCACAGAACCGCGCUGCCCAGAGGGCUUUCCGAGAGCGCCGGGCCGCCCGCGUCGGCGAGUUGGAGGACCAGCUGGAGGAGCAAAAGGAGGAGCAUGACCGUGUUGUAAGGGAGCUGCAGGGUCGCAUCAGCCAUUUCGAAGUCGAGGUACAGACCCUGCAGUCACGAUGCCGCUGGUUGGAGGACAUGUUGGAGAAGGAGAAGCAGGCUCGCAAUUCGCUGAGGAAUUCUUGGGACAACAUGUCGCCGCAGCAGUCCAUCCUACCACAACAGUCCAACGGCUAUAAUCUACAGCAACAGCAACAAUCCACGCAACAGACUCAGCUUGCGCCCAAGGUAGACUCCGUUCCUAUUGCAGAGCCACGACCAACUGCCCAGCCCUUCUCUAUUUCCCAAAUCAUCUCACCACCCGAGGAGGUUCCCCAGUCUCCGCUAGACGUCACUUGCGGUAGCUGCCAGAGCAGUGGCCCAUGUGCCUGUGCCGAUGAGCUUCUGCAAAGUUCCAAUGUCUUGAUGGGUUGCGGCGGAUGCACUCCUGAAGGAAGAUGCGCCUGUCUAGAGGAGUCCAUCCGGGUUCUUGCGGCUGCUGACCUCAAGAGGCCACUACCUCCCAGCUCGCCCGAGAUGGGUCCUGAUGAGAAGAGGCAGCGAUCUGAUGCUGGCGUUGAGAGUGAUGAGUUGGCAACAGACUUUACUGCCUUGUUCGCUAAGAAGCCUGAGACAACGGUACCAGAUAUGACUCCUCUGCCAGCUCCUGUUCAGCAACAGCAACAGCCUCAGUCACAUCCCAUGGUCUCCGUCGAAAUGCAGGACUCUUGCGGAUUCUGCAAGGAUGGCACCUACUGCGUGUGCGCGGAAUCCAUGGCCCUCUCAGCUGCCUCCAUGACCGUGGCCUCCGUCGUUCAGCAAGUCCAGAUGCAUACACCGCCGCCAUCGGAGAACGAUGUCGUCCCCAUGCCUAUGGAAAUCACUGCAACGGGUGCGGUCAAGCUACCUAGCUUUGGUUCUCUCAACCGCGCCAGCAAUGACGCCCAAUCUAAGCCGCCCGUUAAGAUCGGUGGCUGUGGUCCCGGCGGUCCCGGUACUUGCGCCCAGUGUCUAGCGGAUCCCAAGUCCGGCCUCUUUUGCCGCUCCCUCGCAGCCAACUUUGAGCGGAACAGGCAACAGAACGGCGAAAGCAGUAGCGCCACUCCCCCGUCUGGGUGCUGCGGCGGUGGCGGCCCUGGUGGCGGAUGCUGCAAGACUGAGAAGCCCGAUGACGACGAAGACGUCGUUGUUCCCAUCAACCUCAACCGCUACAAGAACAUCAAUCAACUGCCUGCUCCCACACCAUCCAACCCCUUCUCUUCUUCGUCGUCUUCCUCCAACAAUGGCACUGCCAGUAAUUUUGGACUCUCCAUCCCCUGCGCCGAGGCUUACAAGACCAUUGCCUCUCACCGGCACUUCGAGGAAGCGGCGGAUGACAUUGGCUCAUGGCUGCCCAAGCUUAGGGCAGUGCCUGCCAACCCUCCGCCAUAUAGGGGAAGCGUGAGUAUGCAGCAAUCAUCGACGGGCAAAGCGUGGGCGCCGAUCGAAGUCGAGGCUGCAAGUAUCAUGGCGGUGCUGAAGGGCUUCGAUAUGAGGUUUGGCAAGGGACAGUGA